CAAAAAAAUCUCUCUACUUCUUCUUCUUCUCUCUCUAAUUACCUCGGGACUUUCUCCGACUCUCUUCGUCGAUUUAUACACUUCAAACCUUGAUCUGCUUCUUCUUCUCUUAUGCUUCUCUAUUUGACUGUUUUUGGGGUGUACGAAUUGUGAGAGAUGUGGCAAGUUAUUAUAGGAGCAGCCAUUGCUGGAUCCACUGGUUUUGUAGCCAAACGCUUUCUCAACCCUUUCUCUCGAGAUUCUCUCAUUUCCGAGGAUUACGGUGAAGAGCAGGAGCCCGUCACUCCUCCUGUCGGUAUCGGGUUUCUCGACUCUCCUUCCGACAAAGCCAAUGGCGUUUUCCGGUUUUCUAGUUCCGGGUCCACCGUAAAUUCAGGGUCCGGAUCCAGGUCGUCUCCCGGGUUUAGGAAGAGUUCAGGGGUGACAACCAAGGUUACGAUUCGUGGAUUGAUGAAGAAGAAGAAGAAAAACAAUGGUGGGGGCUAUGAGAUCGAGAAGCGAUCUGGAAAUGUUGCUACUGUUUCAACGAAGAGUGACGUUUGCUUGAAAAAGCCGAGGACUUUGGGUGCUGCUUCUGCUUCGAAGCGUGGGUCAUCUUUUAGUAAUCAAGAUAAUUCCCCCUUCAGCUCGGCACUCGGUGUCUGCAUGAUCUAUAUGAUGUCAGCAGAGAAAAGUGAGAUCAGUAAGCUGCAUGCAGCAACAGAAGAAACUGCCAAAGUCAUCCGGGAGCUAAAAGAUGAACUCUCUAGGAUAAAAUCUUUGCAGGGUUUCAAAUUCCCUGAUCGUGCAGCAAGUUCUGAGAAAUCUAGUGGGAAAUCUGGUCAGAUAGAUCUCAUUAAAUCAGAGAUGGCGAGUAGAGAAUCUCUCGACAGAAAUGAUGCUAGCAGCGUCCUAACUGAGGAGCCAGAACAAGAGGCGGUAGAAAUGGAACAGUUAGAGAUGGAACUUGAAUCUGAGCUGCAGAAACUUAAUUUGGCUGAGACAAGUAAGGUUAUGGAGGAAUGUAAGGAUCUGGUGAAUGGAUCUGAGUCCUACCAAUGUGGUGGAAUAUCGGCAUCAGAGCUGGACAAGAAACUAAGCCAUCUUCUCAUCGAACAACAAGAAGGUCAGAUCAAUGAGCUUGAAGCUGAACUGCAAACUACACAGUCCAAACUCCAAGAGAAAGAAGCCGAACUUCGAGCGCUUAAGGUCUGCGUGAGACGCCUGACUGAGUUUCCUCUCUUGGACCGUUCAGAUGAUGAACAUGAACAAGACAUGAACCAGGAUCUCUCAGUCUCAUGGAGGCAGCAUAACCAAAAUAAUAAAGAGGAAAGAAAGCCGAUCAUUGGGAUGAAAAGACCUAUGGAGUCAUCUAUGAAUGGUUAACAAAGUUAAUAACUUUACAUAUUCGCCAUCCCAAAACCUGCACAGUAAGUUCUUGUGUAGACUCCAUCUUGCAACACCCAAAUGAUCCAAAUCUCUGAAUUUUCGUAUCAUCAGUUCAUGCCAAGGUGGUGUUGUACGCAAGCAAACUAGACUUAACCCAGUCAGAUGAUCUUUGUAUAUUCACCAGAAGAAUCCCCAGACUAUCAGAAAUCUUCCAAGUCCUGACUUGUCUAGAGGUUUAGAUUGCUAGGUUUAGUAGAAGAGCUAAUGAUUAUGGAUUUGUGAACUUCUAAAUUUCAUUUGUAUUCUCUAGCUGUUAAGUGUGUGUCAUUGGUGACUUUUCUGAUUAAUUGCAAUUUGCAAAAGAUCGA